AUGCCCCCCUCCACAGCCAACAACCCUUCCCAAUCUGGUAGCUUCCAGACCAUAGUCUAUGUCGGCCUCAAAAAGUAUUAUGACUUCAUCUUGUUCUGGACCAGCAUAGUCGCCUACACUCUCACCAUUGUCGUUCUGGCCACGCUGGACUCUUCAACCUGCCCCGUGCCCAGACUCCAAAUGUCGGCAGAUGGCGCACGCCUCGGCGUCAAUUUCAUUGUAUACUGCUUCUUUAUGCCCUCUCCCCCUGGACGAUCAUCCCAGCAGGGUGGGCAGCAACCCCUGGUGCUGGGAAUGACGAGGUUGCAACAGAUCAAGAUAGCUUCCGCGGUCAUCUUCACUGUUUUUGGUUUCGCCGCCCUGAUGCUGCAAAUAGCACACACGGCCUCAGUGGAGAGACAUGAAGCAUGUCUGAGUGCGAUACUGUGCCCAGACUCCUUCGACAAGCCACCCUGCACGGGAGUUCAGGGCCAGUUCUGUCGUAAUCCCUCUGUCAAUCCUGCUCAAGCGCUUAUCAAGGACAAUAUCCGCGCAGAGACGAUUGAUGGGGGGUACCGAUUCGACUUUGACGCCGACACCCUAAGCCGAACAGCACGAGCGACUUCGUCUUUGUUGGCGGUUGCAACUGGACCUACCUCACGGUCCUUGAUGUGUAAGCUCUUUCUCCUAUCUGUGUGGUCACCGCAGCAGGCUAACCAUUUUUCACCCUUCCCUCAAUCAUCGUUCAACAUCAUCGUAUCACCUGUUCUGCUGCUCCCGCAUCUUCUUGCUCCGGCAAUCCACUACGUCGUAUCGUCACCCUGCACUUCAUCCCACCAACAAACCCAAACCAUUCCCGACUCUACGGUCACCCCUCCCGCCUACUCCUCGACCAUCAUCCUGCCCAAAUCCAGCCUCCCCGCCGCCAACAAGACCCGCUUCCAAGUGCCCGUGGAAGCUGCAUUCAACUGCAGCUCAUCGGAGAAGCUGUCCCUCGGUGUCGUCGUUAGAAUCGCCGAGACGGAGAAGGCGAAGGAGCUGGAGAGGGGGGAUAGGGUCAGGUUGGAGGAGAAGAAGGGCUUGACGAGGAUUGCCGGGGAGGGGAAGGGUGAUUGGUAG